CACAUCACACUCGGCAGAAAGCACUGUCGAAACCCGUUUUCUAAAUUUCCUGUUCUUUUUUUUUUUCGGAAGACCAAAAAAGGAAAGAAAGAAAUGUAAAAAAUCUUUACAUUUUCUUCCUCAGAUUCGCCAUUUGCAACUCCUCCUCCGACUUAGUUUUCUUCUUCUUUUGAAUUCCGACCAUUAAACCUCAGUUGGGUCGUUUUUAGAAUCCCAAUUCUGGGCUCAAAUUCCGAUGGAUUCGGGCUCUGCUUCAGCGGAAACCAACAUCCGAGGAAUACCCACCCAUGGCGGAAGAUUCGUACAGUACAAUGUGUACGGAAACCUCUUUGAAGUUUCCAGGAAGUACGUCCCUCCUAUUCGCCCUGUUGGGAGAGGUGCUUAUGGAAUUGUUUGUGCUGCUGUUAAUUCAGAGGCACGUGAGGAGGUUGCCAUUAAGAAAAUUGGUAAUGCAUUUGACAACAGAAUAGAUGCCAAAAGGACUCUACGCGAAAUCAAAGUUCUCCGGCACAUGGACCAUGAAAAUGUUAUUGCCAUCAAAGACAUCGUACGACCACCACAGAGGGAAAACUUCAAUGAUGUCUAUAUCGUAUACGAGUUAAUGGACACUGAUCUCCAUCAAAUAAUACGUUCCACCCAGUCAUUGACAGAUGAUCAUUGUCGGUACUUUCUGUAUCAGUUGUUGCGAGGACUAAAAUAUGUACAUUCGGCAAAUGUUUUGCAUCGCGAUCUAAAGCCUAGUAAUUUGUUCCUGAAUGCAAAUUGUGAUCUUAAGAUUGGAGAUUUUGGGCUUGCAAGGACGACUUCUGAAACUGAUUUCAUGACCGAGUAUGUUGUUACUCGUUGGUACCGUGCGCCGGAGUUGCUCCUUAACUGUUCAGAAUACACUGCAGCAAUUGAUAUAUGGUCAGUAGGUUGCAUUCUUGGUGAAAUAAUGACCAGAAAACCCCUGUUUCCUGGAAGAGAUUACGUUCAUCAGCUGAGACUUAUAACUGAGCUCAUUGGUUCGCCUGAUGAUACAAGCCUAGGAUUCUUACGAAGUGAUAAUGCCCGAAGAUAUGUUCGUCAGCUUCCACAGUACCCGAAGCAACAGUUCUCUCUUAGGUUCCCCAACAUGUCUGCAGGUGCUGUUGAUUUGCUAGAAAAGAUGCUUAUCUUUGACCCAAAUAGGCGCAUUACAGUUGAUGAGGCUCUUUGCCACCCGUACUUGGCUCCUCUUCACGACAUCAAUGAGGAGCCUGUCUGCCCUAGGCCUUUCAUUUUUGAUUUUGAGCAACCAUCGUUUACUGAAGAGAACAUCAAGGAGCUCAUAUGGAGAGAGGCUGUGAAGUUCAACCCUGAUCCAACUGAUUGAGGAUUAUGUGGUUAUCUGUUGUAUACACUUGAGAAAAUUACCCAAUUAAAUGAUUGACAACGAUGAUCAUAAGGAUGCGGUGGAUCCCUCCAAAGAAAAAAAAGAUUGUCGUGAGAUGUCAUUCAUCAUCACCAUUAUCAGACACAUCUUUGGAUUUCUGUAAACAUAUUCAACCUAGUGAAAAGAUAUUCAGUAGUAGAAAUAGUUUCGAGGUUUGCCUACUUUAUGGAGCUCCAAUCCCUCACUGUUGCAGGUUUGCUCUUUUAUCGUAGACUUACGAGCUGAGUUUAGUGAAUUAGCAAUGGAAAACCACAAUUUCUACCUUUUCCACGUUGAGGAGUGCAUGGAAUAAACUUUAGCAUUAAUUCAAUGCAAUCCGCGCGUAUUGUAUGACCAAUAAGUCUAUUGUUUGGAUUAGUUGGUGGUGCCACUAUGAAGAAAUGCCUCGCUUUGCUA